UUUUCAAAGCUUUCCAGCAGUCGAUGCCUCUUUUCUUUCAUUAGUUUUCAUAAGUUUCAGCAGUCAAUAUUCCUUUUCAUCCUCUCAACACAAAAUUUCAAGAAUACAAGAUAAUUGCUUCAAGAAUCAAGUCCAGUCCCUUUUCUUCUAGUCAAUAGUUUGUCUAUUGUAUUGAGUAUUUGGUGGUGGAAUUUAGCAGUCUGCACAGAAGAUGGAGCACAACGCACAAAUCCAAAUUCCAACAGUCAAAUUAGGUACUCAAGGCCUUGAGGUCUCGAAACUCGGCUUUGGUUGUGCAGGACUUUCUGGCUUAUUGAAUGCUCCUCUGCCACAUGAAGCGGGGUGUGCAAUCUUAAAGGAAGCAUUCGACAAAGGCAUCACCUUCUUUGACACAGCAAACAUAUAUGGCCAUGAGGGUCACAACGAGAUCAUGGUGGGAAAGGUGCUGAAGCAGCUUCCCCGUGAGCAAGUCCAACUGGCAACCAAAUUUGGGUUGAUACUGUCUGCGGACUUCCAGUUUCAAGUUAAAGGCACUCCACAAUAUGUGCGGCAAUGCUGUGAAGAAAGUCUCAAGCGGCUUGAUGUGGAUUACAUCGAUCUAUAUUAUCAGCACCGGACAGACACAUCUGUGCCUAUAGAGGAAACUAUGGGGGAACUCAAGAAGUUAGUGGAGGAGGGAAAGAUAAGGUACAUUGGCUUAUCGGAAGCCAAUGUGGACACAAUUAAGAGGGCGCAUGCUGUUCAUCCCAUCACUUGUGUACAAAUGGAGUAUUCUCUUUGGACUCGUGAGAUAGAAGAGGAUGUAAUUCCGCUUUGUAGAGAAUUGGGCAUUGGGAUUGUCGCAUACACAAUAAGGUUGGGGAUCCUGUCCAUGGUCUUAUUGUUAAAUGCUUCCCAGUUCCGAGGUGGCUCAAGGGUAAGGUUAGUUACGGGCGGAUUCAGUGAGUUGGAUGGAGGUUUCCGGGAACCAAGUUGCUAUCGUGCUGCUCUUGUACUUAUAUUAGAAAUAUAG